AAGAACCUCGACGCUCGCCAGUCGCUAUUUAGCAGUCAACCAAAACAUACGUUAAUCCGCGUACGCAAAAAUACUUCGCAAACUUUUUAUUCGGUGCGCCCAGCCGGUGGCUAUAGUGUUUGUAAACAAUAUAAUAGCAUGAGGACUUAACAAAUAAAAAUGUCGUUUUGUCGGAUAACCGGUAGAAGUAGAGGGUUGCCUAAGCCCAAUUAUUUUCCAUUGCUGGCUCCUAUAUCACCAGCGGAUGCGAAACGUUGUUGCAGAAUUACAGGGAAGUCGUAUGGGCUUCCAUCUCACCAUUACAUUCCAGUCCUUUUAGCUUCAAGAAGCGGAAAAACAAAGUGCAAAAUAACAAAUGUAUCAGGAGAGCUUGGACCACAUCAUUAUUCACCUGAAAUUAACUAUGGGAACAGAAAGCAUGAUGUUUUGCCUGGAUACAGAUAUAUAUUUCCUGUUUUGGAUGGUUCUACAGAAGCCCAGAAAGCACUUAUUGAAAUGCUUUCUAUGAAACAAAUAACGGAAGAUAAAAAAUAUGUUUAUACAGUUGAUGAAAGAAAGUGUAGCUUAGUUUUUUGCGCUCGAAUGGAAGCAGCAGUGCGUGAUGGGGAUGUCAGGGAUGUUAUGCUUGCUAAAGAUUCGGAUACAGUGUUAAUCAAAACAAAACAAGGAAGAAAUGUUUCAAUGGAUUUCAAAGAAUUUUCUGAAAAUGUGGAUAUGUUUGAAGGUGAAGGGCCAAAUGCUGAAGUGUUGAAACAGAGAGAAAAGGAAGAAAUAGAAGAAAAAAAGAAAAAGAGAAAACGUGCUGCCGCUUUGUCCUCAAUGAAAAAAAUAUUUGAAAAUAAAGAAAAAUUAGCUGAAGUUCAAGAAAUAGAGGAAGAUAAACUAAAACAAGAUCGGAUGGCAAAGAAAGCUAAAUUGGAAGUGCGCCAUGAAAAACAUGAUCUUAAAAGUGUUUCAUACAACAACUUUGACUUGGAACAUAUGCGUUCAAAAUCUAGUUUGAUUAUGUGCAAUGGUGAUUGGAGAGAUCAAGUGCAUCCACUUAUUGAAUCGUUUGAUUGGGAUUUGUUUGACAAAAAUAUUAAUGAAGAUAGUUACUGUCCUAAAAUAAAUAAGUUGCCAACGCCUUUACAAAUUACACCAUAUCAUUGUGAAGCAGAAAUAUAUCAAGUUGAUAAUAAUAUUUCUGAAAAUUCGGUUUCUCUCGAAAACGUUCCUUGCGUUAAUCCCUUAAAACCAAUAAAAGGCAGGCCUUCAGAGGACAUUAUUAAUGCUAUAAGAGAAAUAGCACAUGACCGAUUGACUGAAACUUUAAAUGUUACAGAAAAAAUGCUACUUGCAAAUAAAAUAGAUAUGAUACCGAACCUCGAAGAUUUGCCUGAAAUUGUGAAGCAUAUUAAAAAAGGUAAAAGAGAAAAAGUGGCAAAAGUACCAGGAUUAACCCUUGACAUUAAUAAAGCAAAAAAGUUUUUACCAGGCCAACAUAUUAACACACCUCAAGGACCUGUGUUUAUAGCAGGACAAACAAUUGAAACUCCUGCUGGACCUGUUUUCGUACCAGGGCUUAGUGUAAAUACGCCUCUAGGCGUUAACCUCAUACCUGGGCAUAUUAUACAAAAUGACAAUAACAAUGAAUCUGUUUUUCUCGCUGGGCAAAUUAUACCGACACCUGAAGGCGAUAAGUUUGUUUGUGGUCAAGUAAUAAAGAAUAAGGAUAAUAGCUACCAUUUUACAGAAGGGCAAACGGUCCUGUCUGAAGAAGGCUUUAAAUUUGUGCCUGGUAAAAUUAUACAAACAUGCUCUGAAGAUGUAUUUGUACCGGGACAAACACUUUCAUCGCCCGAUGGUAUACAAUUCAUACCUGGACAGACUUCUACUGAAAAUGGUAAUAUUGUAUUUACGCCUGGACAGAAUGUAAAAAUCGACAAUGAAUGGCAAUUUGUACCUGGUCAAGUUGUACACAAAGAUAAUGAAUCGCACUUUAUACCUGGUGCAACAUUGGCUACUCCAAAUGGUCUUAAAUUUAUACCGGGUCAAACUGUCUCUAUAAAUGGAGAGCCUUGCUUUGUGCCAGGAAUAACAAGAAAGGAUGAAUCGGGAUUAAAGUUUAUUCCUGGAACCAAUGUUGACACUCCUGAUGGACCCAAAUUUCUUGAAGGACAAAUUAUACAAACUAAUUUCGGUGAAAAGUUUGUACCUGGUAAAACCAUUACACUAGGAAAUGGCAAUGUAGAAUUUUCUGUAGCUAAGUCAAUUGAAGAUGUACAAUUUUCUGAUAGCAUGCCUAUAGGCUUACCUAUUAAUAUUAAAACUUGUUCUGUGUCUGAAGAAUCCCUAUACGUAUUCGGUCAUAUGGUGCAAACAUCAAAAGGGAUAGAAUUCUAUCCAGGUUCAAGGGUACCUAAAAAUGAAGGAAAAGUGGUACCAGGACGUUUGGUCAAAAAUGACGUUGGUGAAUCUCGAUUUGUACCUGGAACAAUGGUUGAGGGAAUAUUUGUACCUGGUCAAAUUGUAUUUACUGAGAAUGGAGAGCAAUUUGUACCCGGCCAAGUAGUGGAUACCAGUGAUGGACCAAAAUUUGUCCCUGGCCAAGUAGUAAACACAAAAAGUGGUCCAAAAUUUGUUCCAGGGCAGACUAUUCAUACAAUAGAUGGCCCCCGGUUUGUCCCGGGGCAGAUUAUAGAAACAAAAGCUGGACCCACCUUCAUACCAGGUCAAGUUAUAUCAACCGAUGAAGGUUCACGAUUUGUGCCUGGUCAAGUAGUUGAUACAGAAGAAGGUCCACGUUUUGUUCCUGGACGAGUUAUAGAAAACGAUGACAAUGGUGUUACGUUUGUUCCUGGUCAAAUUGUGCAGACACCCGAAGGUCUGAAGUUUGUUGCUCCUGACUUGAUUGAAGGUGAUGAAGGUUUAGAAUUUUCGGUACAAAGUUUUUUGGUUACUCCCGAGGAACUAAAGCUUCUAAAAGUUAAAACCAACCCUAACGAUACUACUUCAACAAAAGGAGAGCUAACAAUAGACACUAAUAUGUUAAGACAAUUAUCUGAAGCUGGAAUGUCCAUUGGAAGACAAGUGCCUGCAGAGUUACCAGCGAUUAAUGUUAUUUUAAAUGAAACUAAAAACGCUGAGGCUUUGAAAGAAUUUGCAUUCGAUUUUGGCCUUAAGGAUACUGUAGCAAAUCAACUGAUGGACGUUAUUAAAUCCAUAAUUGAAAUGAGUGUGCAUCUUAAAACUGAAAUAGGACAAAAUAAUAAUAAUAAUGGUAUUGUAAAGCCAGAAAAAUCUCAUAAAAGCAGAAACGUCGAAAAUCCAAAAGAAAACGAAAGUACGUCUGAAGAUAAAGCACAUGAAGAAAAUAUUAAGAAUUCGAUUGCCGCUGCCGUUUUAGCUGCUUUAGUUACAGCAGAACAGUUCCAGGAGAUAAAUAAUAACAAUGGAAAAGAAAAAUAUCAACAAAUUUUAAAAUCUAUUGACACCAUUCUAGGGAAAACGAUCGAUGAAGAUUUCGUUACUGCUAUGUAUAACAUUCUUCAAAAAGAUGACGAAAAAGAAAUACUGUGUGAUGAGAUAUUGGAAAACACAACUAAACCCAAAUUAGAAUUGAUAAGAAUAGCUGUGAAUCGUUCGUCUGAAAAUCACCCCUUUACAGAAAAAGAAAUUGUGGAUAAGUUCAGUGACUUCUUAAAAAGUGAAAAUGAAGUUCUAGGCCCGGCAUUCAAAAACAUUACUAAAACGGAUACAAAUCUUCUUCAUCACGUGCUAGGGCACAUUUCCGAAAUGAUAACAUUUGUGAAAUCAGACCAAGAUGCUGCAGAAUCUUUGCAAAAAGCUAUUGUAUCCGCUGUCCAAGAAACUAGUAGUCAGACUAUAAUAAAUAUGCUACAAGAAAAGGACCCAGAACAAAAGGAACUGAAAGAAUUAAUAACACAAUCGAUAGGCCUCGCUCGAGUUCUGGGAAUGAGUGACGUUGCAAAACACUUGCUAUGCGUAUUAAAAGAUCACACAAGCUUGUCCCAAAUCGCAAAUGAUGAUAUAAGCAUGAACAUAUUAAAAAGACUGACUGUAAUGAGAAAACUUGCUGAACAAACUCCAGAUUUGCACGAAGCGCUCGUCCUGCUUGGUAAAAGCCCCGAAUCAGCUCGCACAGAUCCCAAACUUAGGGAAUUAGUACGAGAAAGUGCUGCCCUCAUGAUUAUACCAGAGGAAGGUCCUUUAUUGACUUCUGCUGACGUACCUUUGAGUUUGCUUCAACCUGAAAAUAGUCUCGCUAUGGAAGACUUCCUAUUUAAGCGAAAAAAAUGCUCCGGUGCUUUAUUGAUUAUGAAAAGAGGAUUACAGGCUGUUGUACCGCGAGAAGCUAGUAGAGCAGUGCUAACUGGUGAAAUAGCUUACACAGUGCUCGAUGAAAAUGGAAUAAAAUACUUUGAGCCUCUCCAUGUAUUUUCUGCUCUGAACUUGAGUCAACCAAUUGCUCACCGCUUCAGUAUGUACAGUUGCCCAAUCGCAGACGAAAAAGAUGACGAUUUACAAAACUACAAUGGAUACUGCAACAUAAGCAACAGUCAAAUAACAACAAGAUUGGGUGGAUUGGGACGUAGAUAUAGUCACGCGGACAGAGAACCAACCAGAAAUGGAACUCAUAGUUAUGAUUACACACCGAGUUACAAGCGAUAUCAGUCUCGAUCUUUGACCAGAUCGCGAUCUACGUGUAGCAAAAGUCCACCGAAGGUAGACGACGUUGUUGUAGCAACGAGCGACUAUACUGCGGUGGCAGAUGACGAAGUAUCGGUUAAGGCUGGGGAUAUUGUCGAAGUUCUCGAUACGAAAGCAGCCCUUGGUUCCAAGUCCGGGCUCGAUAAAGAGCUUGAUGUGGAGGUGGAACUUCUGGACUCUUCAGCAGCCAGGCAUAAGAUUGCAGUACGUCCGAAGAAAAAUCACCCAAAAGUGAAAGCUGCCCCAAAACAGAACGGAGAAAGAUGGCUGGUCCGUGUCCUAGAAGACGUUCAAGGCGACGAACUCAGCUCGCGUCAGGGAUACGUACCGGCCCAUGUUCUUCGAGAGAAGGAACCUGAGCGGGAUGUCACGGCACUCGCUGCUAGACGACAGGCUGUGAUUCGUGAACUCAUAGAGACCGAAGAAGAGUUUGGAAGGGACAUGCAGCAGGUCGUCAAUCAAUACAUGAGGCCGAUGGACAAAGCGACCACGCCUAAACCUGUCUUCGAAAGCCGAGAGUUUCUCUUCUCUAAUUUUAAACAGAUCUGCGAAUUUCAUAAUACAUCUCUGCUAGAAGGCAUAAAGUACUACGCGUCAGAUCCCCGUAUGUUGGGCAGAGCAUUAUUGCGCAUGGAGAGAGAGUUCGACAAACAUGUGGCUUACUGCAGGGACGAACCCAAGGCCCAACAGCUUUUAAGCACACAUCCUGUUAUCAAGAAGUACUUUCAGGAAAUAGCAAAAAAAGUUGGUGACGAUAAAGGCCUAGCUGAACAUCUAAAACUUCCCAUACAACGAAUCAACGAUUACCAACUUCUUCUCAAGGAAUUGGUGAAAUACUCAAAACGUCUUGGCGACGAUUCCACCGACCUACAGAAGGCGUUAGAACUUUUCCUUGGUGUGCCAAACAGAGCGACCAAUAACCUCUUCAUUGCUAGUAUCGAAGGCUUUCGCGGAAAUAUAUACAAGCUUGGAAGACUUCUUACGCACGAUUGGUUCACUGUUGAAGUAGAAGGGACUAAAGAAAAUCUCUAUCUCUUUCUGUUUAAAGCGAGGAUCCUUAUUAGUAAGAUAAAGAGAGUGGCUGAUGAUCGAUCUGUCUUUGUACUGCAACAAAUUAUAAGAAUUCCUGAUAUAGAAAUCAAAGAUCAUCCGGAAUCAUUAAAGUUUGAACUACAUCAAAAAAAUCCGCCAUUGGUAUUUAUUCUAAAGGCUCAGAAAGAACAAGUGAAAACCGCUUGGUUACGUGAAAUCCGCCAAUACGCGAGUGAUCUUGUUGCUUUAGCAGAACACGCAGCGGAUGAUCUACAGGUUUUACCUCCAGAAGAUUUAUAUCAGGAAGAAGAUAGCCCUGAAAUACAAGAAGAAACUAAAAAGAGAGAACAUUCAGAAGAGGUAACAGAAUACUCAAAGGAGAAAAAAUUCCGUGUUGAAGAAUCUGAGGAAAAUAAAGAGGAAAGCCAAACUCCCACAAAGAGAAAAGCAUCUCUUGAAAGUGAUAUUGCAACAAAACUAUCUAAAUCAGAAGUAGUAGAAGCUACAAGUGAUAUUCAAGAGGCCUUAAGUACUACUCAAGACAUAGUCUCUGUUGAUUUAGAAUCUAAAUCGGUUGUGACACAAGAGAGUACUCAAGUCAUCGAAGUUCAAUCAAUCACAUCGCAGUCACAAACAAGUCAAAAAAUUAUACAAGAAGAAGUCGUUGAAACAGAGCUACAAGAAGUGUCAGCUUCCAAACAAGUUUCAACGUCACAAACUGUUCAAGUGCAUUGUACUGAAAUAUUUGGACAAGGAUCUGUUCAGGAAGUAGUAGAAACCGCUUGUAAAACUCAGAAAAGUGAAACUACUGUUGAAGCGUCACAAAAUAACGUAGUAAGCAUCUCACAGCAAUCUAUUGAAGAACUUGAAAGUUCGUCUGUCGAAAACGUAGUAACUAAGAAAGAAGACGUAUCUGGAAAAAAAGAUCAAGGUCUAAGUAAGCCUGAAAAAACAUCUGAAGUCGACGAAACUAGUAAAGUAGAACAAAAACGACCCUCUAAAACUAAACGUGAGUCAAAAAAGAAGACAGAAUCAGUUCAAAAUCAGAGCGAAGAAGAAAGAGACGCCAUACAAAUAAAAUCUUCACAAGAAACCGCUUCUGUGAAAAACCAAACUGUUCAACAACAAGAGAGUUUAGAAAUAGAUGUUAUUGAUUCAUCUAAUCAAAUCCCGAGUUCUGAAAAGUUAACAGAGCUACCAGAAAAAGAAAAAACUGUUAGUGUUAGCGAGCAAGAUUAUACAGAACUUGCUUCAAAACAAACCGCACUUGACACAAACUCUGCAGUAACUUCAGAAGAUAAAGUUGUAACAAAAAACCAAACUGUUGAAUCAGAAGAAACAGGUGAAGAAAUGUCAUCGAGAUAUAGCCGCUCUUCGCGGCUUUCUGGAGAAUAUUCCAGUAGCACCCGAAAAUCUUCGACUGGCGGUCGAUACGAAUCAUCUGAUGGAACCGGUAUCUCUACGUACUCUCGCCGCGAGAGUGGCUCACGUGUAGAGAGCAGUCGUAUUGAUUUAGGAGGCUCCAUUGAAGGCUCAGCUGCUUCGAGAUAUGAAUCCAAGUACUCAACAAGUGCCAUAGAUAACGGUUCAAAGUACGGAGUGGAAUCCAGCUUUGAGAGCCGGAGUUCAAUUAAAGACGGGUCCAGACACGGAGUAGAUUCUACUUAUGAAAGUAGGCGAUCCAUCAAGGACGGUUCGAAAUAUGGAAUCGAAUCUGGCUACGAAGGGAAUAACUCCGCAACAGAUGGGAUUGAGUCGAGUUACGAAAGCAGAAGGUCCAUCAAAGACCGAUCCAAAUACGACAGGACCAACUCUAUCAAGGAUGAAUAUGGUGUUGAGUCAAGCUAUGAAAGUAGAAGAUCAAUCAAGGAUGCCUCCAAAUACAGCAUUGAUUCUAGUUUUGAUAAAUCACUCAGAAGCUCAGCUCUCGAAUCGAGCUAUGAAAGAAACAACUCGAUUAAAGAAUCAAAGUACUCUGAAGAAUCUGAGGUUGAGAGCAAAAUAGAUAGCAUCGCCGCUAAAUAUGGUCUCAAUAAUAAUAUUGAAGCCAAAUCUACAAAAGUAAUUGAAGCUGGUUAUGACGUAGAAAUGGACGCUCCAAGCAAAAUCGACAGUAUUGCCUCUAAGUACGGUCGCAACUCUAUCACAGAAAGUGUAAAGUCAAAAACUCGUUCUACAAGAUUAAACAUAGAAACAAGUGUUGAUGGUAACAAUGUCGAAGCUGAAACGCAGUUCGAAUCAAAACGCCAAAGUAAAGCCAACGGCAAAACAGUCUACGAAGAGGAAUUCUCCAAAAACGCACUUUUGAACGGAUCUAUAACCAGCGAAUAUGAAUCAAAGAAAUCGGUUUCUAAAUCCGAGUCUUUUGAUGGAAGACCUAUUUUUACCAAGACUUUAGAAGGCCAGAACAUUGAACCUGGCGAAAAUGCCUUAUUCGAAUGCGAAAUCCAAUCGUCUGAGGAGUUGGACGUAACUUGGCUGAAAGAUAACAAGCCCCUAACGGACAAACUGAUGGACAGAGUCAAUGUUGUAAAGAGAGGAAGUGUUCACAAACUCGAAGUAAUGCACUGUAGGGAAGAUGAUGCCGGUCUGUACACGGCGCGUGCGCAAAAUAAAUCCGGAAACGCCCAUUGUACCGCACAGCUGAUUGUACACGAGCUAACACCAGAAGAGAGGAAGCAAAAGAAUGCCCUCAAUGCGCCCUAUUUCAUAGUUGCUCUUAAGGAUACUGAGAUAUUGUUGAACACUUACCUACGAUUCAUGGUUAAGGUUAAGGGAAACCCUAAUCCUGAUGUCAAAUUCUACCGCGAAGGCAAAGAAAUAACAACUUGCCUGGACAGUGAGCGAGUAUCAAUUGUGCGUACUCGCGCCGAAAAGGGCUGCUACGAACUCGUGAUCUCCGAUGUGAAUGUGGCCGAUGCAGGCAAAUACUCGUGUAAAGCUAUCAAUAUAUAUGGCGAGGUUGAAUCAGAAUGCACAGUAACUGUUGUUGAUGACAAGAACAUAUUUGGGGAACUGCCUCCCGGCGGUGAAGGUCUCCUGGCGAAGGGCGAAAAGCCGGUGUUCGCCUGGAAACGCGAUGGCCUUGAAUUUGAUCCUGAAGAGAGGUUCAAGGUUCUCCUCGGAGACGAUGAGGAUUCCCUAGCGCUGGUCUUCCAGCACGUGAAGCCUGAAGAUGCUGGGAUGUAUACUUGUGUUGCUAAGACAAGCACUGGAAAUAUUUCCUGCUCUGCCGAACUAACUGUACAAGGUGCCGUCAACUACCUCCACCGCGAGCCAGAAAAACCAACCUUGGAAAUUGAACAUCGGGAAGCAGUGGUGUCUAGUGGUGGAUCAGCCAUGCUGGAGCUGGUCUGUAAAGGCUACCCGAAGCCUACUGUGGUCUGGAAGCAUAAAGGAGAUGUUGUCGAAGCCGAUGCAAGACAUAAGUUCUUGCACGAAGACGAUGAGAACAUGUCUCUGGUCAUCAAGAAUGUGACAUCAGCUGAUAGCGGCGUGUAUGAAGUGACGGCGUCCAACGACCUUGGAGAUGAUACGACUACCUUCAAUCUGGUGGUGACUGCUCCACCCAAGAUUAAGAAGAAGAUUGAGAACCAGACUUGUAUGGUGGAAACAUCUCACACAGUCCGCAUUGAGGUUGAAGGUACCCCUGCGCCUGAAGUCAGCUUCUACAAAGACGGAGUUCUCAUCACCAGCUCAGACCGCAUCAUUAUCACUAAAGAAUCCGACGAGGUUUACACCAUCACCAUUAAAGAUGCCAAGCUUACAGAUACCGGAUCGUACUCCAUUGUUGCCAAAAACGAGGUGAACCAAUGCUCUGACUUCUGGCAGUGGCAUGUCACAUCACCGCCCAAGGUCAUCAAGAAACUGGGCGAAUCUAAAGUCUGCGAUGAGAAGGAAACUGUCACAUUUGAGGUCAAAACCGAAUCUGAUCCUGCACCGACUGUAACUUGGUUCAAGAACAAGACAGAAAUAAAGGAGUCAUCAGCGAUCAAAAUAUCAUCAUCGGGUGAAGCGCACAAAUUGGUGAUCACCUCAGCAGCCAGGGCUGAUGCUGGAGAAUACUCUUGCGAGAUUCGUAACGUACACGGGUCAACGAGCGAUUCGUGCCUCUUGAACGUGCGUUGCGGGCCCGUAUUCACGCAACGGCUCAAGGACAUCACGUCGAGCGAGGGAGAUGUUAAUGUUGAGUUCACUGUCGACGUCGAAGCCUAUCCUGAACCUAAGGUGCAAUGGUACCUCGGUGACGUAGAAAUAACCGAAAAGAAGUCGGUGUACAGUCGCGUAGACAACGGCAGUACGCACAAACUGAUAUUGAAGGAGGUGACAGCUGAAAUGUCAGGACAAUACUCCUGCAGGGUCACUAAUGACCUCGGUGCCGAUUCCUGUCAAGCUACCUUCACUGUCAACAGAAAACCUCGCAUCACGAAGAGCCUGGUAGACAUGACGGUGGAUGAAGGUCAAACCCUAAAGCUGGAAGUGGAAGUAGAAGGAUGCCCAGAACCGAAGGUCAAAUGGUACAAAGAUGGAAAGGAAGUGAACACUGAUGCAAGAAUCAAGAUCGAACGGGAUACAAAAAGGUUGGAGAAUUAUCACCUCACAGUAACGUUAGUAAAGGAAGAAGAUGGUGGGGAAUAUGAAGUUCGAGCUGAAAAUGAAAUGGGAAGUGUUUCUUGUAAGAGUACAGUCACCGUACACACCAAAGAAGUUCAUUCGAGGUUUACGAAGGAAACUCUUUCUGAACAUGAAUUGGAUGCAGAUUGUGCAGAAAAACAAAAGAUUAUUGAAGACUUGCACGACGAUAACGUCAAGAAAAUAGCUACAAAAGAAAAAUCUAAGUCUGAAGUUGCCGAAGAAACAUCAGUAUUUGACGACGCUGCUAAGCCUAAAACAGUUUCGUUUGAAGAGGUUGAUAAACCCAUUUCAAAUAAAGCUAGAAAAUCUCUAAUAGAACCCGAAAACAUUGAAAAAAAAUCAGUUGAUGAUGUGAGUGUUAGCCAGGCGGUUUCACUAGAAGAGGUCAAAUCAGUUGCACAUAAACCAAAAAAAACUGUCACAGAACCUGAAAUCCUUAAUGACAAUUUGAUAAACGAACAAGAUAAUGAUAGACGAAAUUCUAUUGUAACCGAUGUUGAAAAACCUGCUAAGGCGAAAAAAUCGUUCACUGAGCCGGAAGUUGCUGAGAAAAAAGAGCUAUUAGAUGAUUCUAAUAAAUCUAAAUAUACUACGGAGAUUGUUGAUGAAUCAAAACCAUACAAAGCUCAAAAGUCCGUAACAGAACCGGAAAUUGUUGAAGAAAAAUCAUUUUGGGAUGAUGUAGAUAACGAUGGAAUGACUAAAACUUCUAAAGUUGAGGAAGUAGAAUCUGUUCCACGAAAAGCUGAAAAAUCAGUUACUGGACUUGAAGUCGUUCAAGAAAAAGAGAUACUAGUCGAUUCUACUAAAUCGAAAUGUACUACGGAAGUUGUUGAUGAAGCAAAACCAUACAAAGCUCAAAAGUCCGUAACAGAACCAGAAAUUGUUGAAGAAAAAUCAUUUUGGGAUCAUGUAGAUAACGAUGCAAUGAUCAAAACUUCUAAAGUUGAGGAAGUAGAAUCGGUUCCACGGAAAGCUAAAAAAUCAGUUACUGAGCCUGAAGUAAUUGACACGGGGUCUGUUAUAGAUGAAAAUCAAAAUGAAGUCAAAAAAGUUAUCGCAGAAGUAGGCACUACAAUACAGCAAGCAGAAAAGGCCGUUACAAAACCAGAAAUAAUCGAAGAAGUGGAAAUAAAGUCGCCGAAACGUAAAUCUAUUAAAAAACAAUCUAUUGCUGAAGAACCAUUGAGUGCUGACACUGAAGGCCGAGUUUUCGAAACAGUAACCACGUUCAAGUCAGGUGAUGAUGGCUCAAUUACUGUAUCUAAAGUCAGCAGCACCCGUUCCCACGGUGCCAUAAUAACAGGUCCAGCCGAAACGCGCACAUUACAUAAAAUGACUACAACCGCCAUGCAUUAUGAUGAAAAUGAUGAAUGCGAUAGAAAAAUAAUAAUUCCUAAUAAACCUCACACAACUUCACUUGAAGUGGAAGAGAUAGCUAGUCAUAGCUACUUCUUAUCUGAGCUAGGGUAUUUCACUAUACCUGAUCACAUAAGAAGGGGUACAUACGGAAUUAUUGAAGAACCGCAAACCGACUCAGACGCUGAUUCAAUUCCUCGAAUGGGUCGGCACAGCGGAAACCGUACAUAUUCUAUUAGGUCUGCAUCUGAAGAUGAAAUGAUCUGGCAAAACGAUUCCCUUUCCCGAGAAAUAUCAAUUGAGGAUCUGUCUAAAUCAAUUUUCGAAAUAGAUGAAACCAAGAAGGUAUUCAGCAAGGACUCAUACGUGCGUCAAACUUCUUUCAAAGAAGAUUAUUACACAAAUGAAGGGGAAGAAGAAUAUGUUAUUCUAAACGAAAAGUCUGAAAAAGUAUUUGAGCGUGACGUCACCGAAAAACUUAUAGACAUCUCAAAAGAAUUCGAAGAUGGCGAAUAUAUGAAAUUCGGAAGUAAAAAAGAUAAUAUUAAAAAUAGACUCGUGGAAGAAUUAGUUUUAGAAUCUCCUAAAAAUAUCAAUAACAUAACGAAAAAUAUAGCCGAAACAACAGUAGAACGGAAACGAAAGAUAGAUAAAAGUUUGUUCAUUGUGGAGGAAGAAGACGGAAACAUCGAAGAGUUAUUGAAGAGAAGCCAAAGACAACGCGGCAUUCUUGACGAUAUUUUAAAUUCGGAAGAAGAAAAAGCAUCACCCACAUUAAAAGAAAGCAGUAUGAAAGAUGGUCACACGUUCGAAUCCCUACCAUUAGUGUACACAGUUGAAGCGGUCGGUCAACCAAAGCCCACAGUCCGUUGGCUUCAUAAUGGUGAAGAGGUUAAACCAGAUAAAGGAAUCCACCUUACAAAUGAAGGCGAUGUUUACAAAUUAGCUAUAGAUGCAGUGGACCUUAAGGAUAUUGGUAAAUGGCAAUGCGAGAUCAGCAAUAAACUUGGCAAACAAGUUUUAGACGCAGAGCUAGCCGUUUCUCCUGUGGCCGAAUACCGGAAACCAAUCUUCAGGCAACCAUUGGAAGCUCAACGCGUAAUGCAAAGAGAACCCGUCACACUCAAAGCCAUCUGUACGGCUGAUCCGUUACCACAUGUCGCCUGGCUCCUCAAUGGAAAUGAGAUUGUACCAGAUGCAACUGUUACUACUAGUGCAGAUUCAAAGGAACUGGAGCAUGGUCUGAAAGAGUGCACCUUCACACUACAAAUUCCUACUGGUCGUCAUCAAGACACUGGAGUGUAUACGAUCCAGGCGAAGAACCAAUACGGCAUGGGAGAGUGUUCGGCUCGUCUUGACAUCCUUCUGAGACCAGAAAUCGAAGGACUUAAAGAUGUCACAACGGUUCCCUAUGAAGAAACCACAUUCGUCGCUAAUAUCAGAGCUAAUCCUGUUGCAGAAGUCAAAUGGAGCAAAGAUGGCUACGUGAUCCAACCUUCGGCUAACAUUGAAAUCAACGAAGAUCUCGCAAAGGAGACAUACAGUCUCACGAUCAAGAAGAUAGGUGUCGCAGACGCUGGAGUUUACACUGUCACUGCUAAGAACGAGAUCGGAGAGACCGCUCAACAGGCUAAACUCACUGUACAUACCAACGAGCCCAAAUUUACAAAACCGCUUCAAAAACAAACUGUCAAAGACUACGAUGACGUGACUCUUAAAGUUCGAUGCGAUGGAGUACCAAAGCCAGAUGUGAAAUGGUACAAGGAGGGAAUCGAAUUAGCUAAUGAUGAAAGAAGGACUAUCACCACUGAGGUGGGAGGACAAGUGGACAGCGAGCUAGAGAUUAAGCACUUCAAUCCAUCAGAUGCUGGAAAGUACAAAGCAGUAGCGAGGAACCUAUCAGGUGAAGCGAGCACGGAGGCGGAGAUAUCUCUGGCGCAGCUUUCUCCCGGCUUCGUGCAUAAGCUGGACCGGCAGAAGGAAGUUGACGAAGGGGAACCCUUGGAGCUGAAGGCCAAGGUCGAUGGCAGUCCAAUUCCAACGGCUCAAUGGUUCAAAGACGGUGUUAAACUCCCAGCCGACGACCACGUGAAGCAAGUAUCUCUUCCAGACGGUACCAUCAAACUGAGUAUCGAUCACGUGACACCAUCGGAUUGUGGCGCUUACAAACUCAUUAUCAGCAACCCCAACGGCGAACACUCUGCCUUGUGCGCUGUUGCUAUUAAUCCAACACCUCGCAAACCCUCAUUCAGCCAAGAGUUGGAAGACGCGAAGGUGAUGGUGGGUCAACCUGUGAAACUGGAAGCUAGAGUCAUGGCCUUCCCUGCGCCUGAGGUCAAGUGGUUUAAAGAUGGUCUGCCAAUCCGGCCUAGCCAAGCCGUGAACUUCAUAAACCAACCGGGUGGUAUUAUCGGUCUGGCCAUAGAUUCCUGCAAGCCCGAAGAUGCCGGAGUUUACUCUCUUACACUAUCAAAUAAGCUGGGAGAAGCUGCUUCGAAAGCUUCUGUCGAGGUUGCACAAAAAGAACGUAAACCUGCAUUUAUAGCAGAGUUGAUGCCGUCUAAAGUGAUCGAAGGGUUCCCAGUGAAGAUGGAAGUCAAGGUCCUCGGCCAUCCUCAACCAAUUAUCAAAUGGACGCACAACGGCAAAGAAAUAGUCCCUGAUGGUGAAAGAGUCCGUAUAGUCGCGCAGCCAGACGGAACUCACGCGCUGCUGUUGAGUAAGGCGACGGCAGAAGAUGCAGGGAAAUACGGCGUUGUUGCAAUCAACGAUAAAGGAGAAACCGCCAGUACUGCCGAACUUAGUGUUGCCAGCCGAACUGAUGACACAAGCCCCGAAGAGCGUCCACAGUUCCUGCAGAGUCUACGCGAAGUAACAGCUGAUGAAGGUCAGCCCUUAACACUCUCCGCACCUUUCGUUGGGAACCCCGUACCUGAGGUCUCCUGGAGCAAAGAUGGACAGGAUCUUAAGCCCAAUGACAGGAUUCUGCUCACGUGCGAUGGCAAACGGGUGGGUCUGGAAAUAAACCCAGUCGAGAGGCCAGAUGCAGGUGUAUACUCUGUAAAGCUGGUGAACCCAAUGGGAGAGGACAAGACCGAAGGCAAGAUCCAUGUGAGGAAAGUCUUCCAGCCACCGGCCUUUACGCAGAAGUUCACUGAUUUGCAACAGUUACCAUCAUUCGACGCGAAAUUCCCAGCUCGUAUAUCCGGAAUACCCGCUCCGGAAGUGACGUGGUACAAAAAUGGCGCCCCUCUCUCUCCUUCUAACAAGUACCAGAUGAAGAGAGAUGGAGACACUUGCUGUCUCUAUGUUAGAGAUUUAAAUGAGCAGGACGCAGGACAAUACAAGUGUGUCGCGAAGAAUAAGGAAGGCCAGGCUGAUUGCGAGGCUGCUUUGGAAGUAGUUGAUAAGAUAUCUCGCCGUGAAAAGGUGGAGCCGCCUUCUUUCCUGAAGAAAAUCGGCGACGUGGAAGUGUUUAGAGGACUCAGUGCCAAGUUCACGGCUUGUGCUACGGGCACGCCUGAACCGGAUGUCGAAUGGUUCCGAAACGAUGAGAAAUUAUUCCCCUGCGAGCGCAUUCGUAUGGAUAAAGAGUCGACGGGUCUCCUCCGCCUAACCAUCAGUGGAGUCGAUCCAAGUGACGUCGGGGCUUAUCGCUGCAGGAUUUUCAACCCUCAUGGAGAGGAGUCCUGUAUUGCACAACUUACGUAUGACACUCUCGAACCCCAAUCGGAGAAGAAGCCGAUAUCCGAGCAGUACUCAGAGUUCGACAAGAUGAAGGCGACGGGUGUUCCAAUGCCGUUGUCGGACAAGCCAAUCAUAUCCCGGAUGGCGGAUCGGCAUCUGACCCUAUCCUGGAAACCUUCGAUCCCGCAUCGCCCGAGGUUCCCGGUCACGUACCAGGUGGAGAUGUGCGAAGUGCCGGACGGCGAUUGGUUCACAGCCCGCACGGGUUUACGCUCUUGCGUGUGCGACAUACGCAAUUUGGAACCAUUCCGCGACUACAAAUUCCGAGUCCGCGUGGAAAAUAAGUAUGGAGUCAGCGAUCCUUCGCCCUAUGCUAUUACACACCGGGCCAAGCUGGAACCGGACCCGCCUAAAUUCAUCCCCUACUUGGAACCUGGAAUCGAUUUCCGUCCGGAAACAUCUCCCUACUUCCCGAAAGACUUUGACGUUGAGCGACCACCUCACGAUGGUUAUGCGCAGGCGCCGAAAUUCCUUCGUCAAGAGUAUGACUCUCAGUAUGGAGUCAAGGGUCAUAAUGUGAAUUUGUUCUGGUUCGUGUACGGUUACCCUAAACCCAAAAUGACGUAUUACUUCAACGAUGAGCCAAUUGAAGUCGGAGGAAGAUAUGACUGGAGUUACACAAGGAAUGGACAGGCUGCGCUCUUCAUUAAUAAAAUGUUAGAACGUGACGUAGGAUGGUACGAGGCAGUGGCAACCAACGAACACGGUCAAGCAAGACAACGCGUGCGGUUGGAGUUAGCGGAGUAUCCGCAGUUCAUACGUCGACCUGAAGAGAGCGUAGUACUGGUCCGCAAAACAGCUCGCAUUGAAGCGCGAGUCACAGGACAGCCCUACCCAGAAAUCAAGUGGUACAAGGACUGGCAGCCUAUCGCGCCUUCUAGUAGAAUAAAGAUGCACUUGAAAGAGCCAGACACCGUGGUGCUGGUGAUACAUGACGUAAUCCUGAAGGACGAAGGCCUGUAUUCGGUGUCUGCCCGUAACCCAGCUGGAGCCGUUAGCUCAUCGGCCAUGCUGCACGUCGAAGAGUGUGAACACGAGUACUCUUCCAGAGUUCGCGAACACCCACCCCGUAUAAAACCAAGCUCGAAGUCAUUUGGAGACUUCUAUGACAUCGGAGAUGAACUGGGCAGAGGCGUUCAAGGAGUUGUUUAUCACGCGGCUGAAAGAUUAUCAGGUCGUAACUACGCGGCGAAGAUAAUGCACGGCCACUCGGAUCUGAAGCCGUUCAUGAAGAAUGAGCUGGAAAUCAUGAAUCUGCUGAACGACCGCCAUCUUGUUCGUUUGCACGAUGCGUACGAACACGAUCACACGCUCGCACUCGUCAUGGAGCUCGCUUCGGGAGGAGAGCUUGUCAGAGAUCGCCUCCUGCGCAGUCAAGGGUACACAGAGCGUGACAUCGCGGGAUACGUCCGUCAAUUGCUACGUGGAUUGAAGCAUAUGCACGAUAAUAGCAUUGCUCAUCUCGGACUAACGAUUGGAGAACUCUUACUCUCCCACGUAGGUUCCGAUGAACUAAAGAUCUGUGAUUUCGGUCUGUCCCGUCGCAUUCACUUGAACCAACACGCCGCUUUGAACUACGGAAUGCCAGAAUUCGUGGCCCCAGAGGUCGCUAAGGGAGAGGGCGUGGCUUUCGGAGCUGACAUGUGGAGUGUCGGAAUCAUCACCUAUAUUCUCCUGAGUGGAAGAUCGCCGUUCAAAGGCCUUAACGAUAGAGAGACACUCACGCGAGUAAGAGAAGGACAGUGGGAAUGGUUCGACGAAGAAUGGUGGUCCCGCUUCAGCCUGGAAUCCCGGGACUUCAUCUCCAAGCUGUUAGUACUGGACUGGCGUAACAGAUUAGACGUCGAUUCUGCGCUUGCGCACCCUUGGCUCUCAUUCGCCGAUAAGAUUUAUAAGGACGAGUAUAUUAUCACAACAGACCGACUGAGGAGCUAUUACAACUCGUACAGAGACUGGAUGAGCAACGCGUCAUGCCGUACUUGGUUCCGUCGUAGGCCACUAGAGGGCGCCUUCGACCAUCCCUCUAGAAUGGUUUACCCGCCAGGGGAACUAUACACCCCCGAGGGAACUCCGGAUCGUGACAGGUCCUCCCGGGAAAGGAAAUCAUCGCCUUGGGACCUGAAAUUCAAGCAGUGGGACCACCCAGAUUGGGAGGUGUCAGCCACGUCUGAGAGCCACUACCAAAACGGUCCAGACACGUACUUACUGCAGCUCCGAGACACGCAGUUCCCAGUUCGACUCCGGGAAUACAUGAAGGUGGCUUGUCAUCGCUCACCAGCGUACAACCUUAGCGUACACGACUCUUAUGACCCAAGGACACCUAUUAUCCGCGAAAGACGUCGCUUUACGGACGUGAUGGACGAAGAGAUUGACGACGAAAGAAAGGAAAGAAUCAACCAAUAUGGCUCUGAAAGCUACACAAUCCGAAGACUAAGGCACGAGCUAGGAACACGUCUGGACAGCUACGCGGAAGCUCAGGCCUUCAUGGAAUCGAAGAAAGAUGGACAUCUGCCAUUCUUCAGAGAAAAACCUCAGAUCCUCCCCGUCAGAGAGGGUGAAGCCGCCCAACUGUCUUCCUACGCCGUAGGUGACCCCAAACCAGUCAUCCAAUGGUUCAAGAAUGACAUGGUCAUAGCCGAAGGUCAGCGCAUCAAGAUUAUCGAAGACGACCAAGGGCGAUCCACCCUCAAGUUCGACCCGGCCAUGCAUCACGACAUCGGAUUCUACAAAGUCGUAGCGAGGAAUAAAGUAGGACAGACUGUGGCCAGAACCAGAAUCGUCGAAGCCACCACUCCCAACGCUCCCGAUAGCCCCACAGCCUCUGAAUUAUCCGACACAGAAGUACUUCUGAGGUGGAAGCAACCGAAGUACGACGGAAACUCCCCCGUCGUCUGUUACAGCCUUCAGUUCAAAGAAGGCGAUAGUGUCGAGUGGAAAACGGUUGCGGAAAACAUUGACCACGAAUUCUUUGUCAUUAGAGACCUGGUCCCGCAAACGAGUUAUCAAUUCAGGCUAUCUUCCCGCAACAGAAUCGGAUGGAGCGAGAAAGGAAUCCCAACCAACUUGGUGAAGACUUUGGAAGCUGGAGCUCCCAAAAUACAAGUCACGAAAGCGAUGAAACACUUGCAGCAGAUGACUGAAUCCGGACAGGAGAUAGUUUUAGACGAGGACAGGCCGAAAUUGGAUUAUGCGACUGAGGAAAAGUCUCCCGAAUGGGGAACGACCGACCAGUUCACCGAACGAUACAGCUUCGUGUCUGAAUUGUGGCGAGGGAAGUUUUCUAUUGUCGUCAAGGGGAUAGACAAGACCACAGACAGUGUGGUGGUCGCGAAGAUUCUGGAAUGUCGGCCGGAAACGGAAGUGCAGGUUCAGAGAGAGUUCGAAUGUUUGAGGCGCCUGAGGCACGAGAGGAUAUCGAACUUAUUAGCCGCUUAUCAGACUCCGGGAUCUCCUGUCGCGGCUUUAGUGCUGGAGAAGCUUCAGGGAGCAGACAUUUUGACGUACCUGUCGAGUAGACACGAAUAUUCCGAGCAGGUAGUGGCGACAGUCAUUACGCAGGUCCUCGAUGGCCUUCAAUACCUGCACUGGCGGGGAUAUUGCCACCUCGACCUCCAGCCUGACAAUGUGGUACUGGCUUCAGUACGAUCGGUACAGGUUAAACUGGUGGACUUCGGUUCCGCUCAUAAGGUCACCAAGCUUGGGACGAUUGUGCCGCAAGUUGGAGAAUUAGAUUAUAAAGCCCCGGAAGUAAUAAACGACGAGGCAGCAUAUCCCCAAACGGACAUAUGGUCUGUGGGCGUUCUAGCAUACAUUUUACUUUCUGGCGUGUCUCCCUUCCGCGGAUCAGACGACGCAGAGACAAAACAGAACAUCUCCUUCGUGAGAUAUCGCUUCGAACAUCUAUAUAAGGAAAUCACACAGGAAGCCACCCGUUUCCUGAUGUUCAUAUUCAAGAAAACGCCUCUCAAGCGUCCAACGGCAGAAGAGUGCUACGAACAUCGCUGGCUCCACAAUACCGACUUCAUGCUUAGGAAAAGGGAACGAGCCAUAUUCCUUGGAAAUCGGCUUAAGGAAUUUUCCGAAGAAUACCACAGUCGAAAAUCAGCAGAAGCGUCUGAAGCGGACAGCGUAGCGUCGGCUUUUCCCGGUCUGUCGCCGCGAAUGCUUGCGCGUUCCAACAGCAUACAGGACGAACUCAUGACUAACUUCACUGCUCCAUAAACAUGUUUGAUGUUACCCGUAUGAAAUAACAAACAACUGUAAUACUUUCUCUUUCACUAAUAUGUCAGAGACUGGCAACACUCAUUACAUGCUCACUUCACAGACAAUUAAAAUUAAACAAUUUUUUAAAAUACAAAUUGGUGGUAAAUUUGACUGACAUUUAAAAUAAGACAACUGUUAUCACUCUUUUGUUUUAAUUUUAAGUAAAAUUUACGUUUUUUUAAAUGUUAUAAAUAAGUUAAGAAUUUUUUAAAGCGCGAAUGCUACUUAACAUAUAAUCAAUUAUCAUCUUUAUUUUAAUUAUUAUGACUGUUCUCACUUUGUACUGUACAAGUGACCACCACUCGCUCUAGUCAAGCUAUUGUUACAAGAUAAUUGUUAAGUUUAUUGUAUACUUUUCUAUUUAUUUAUACAAUUGGUUACUUCAGUAUUAUUGAAGCCAAAUAAAAUAUUACUUCAAA